AUGAGCUGUAGCGAUGCGGGUUUCGAGGGCACUGCCGCCCUCUACUUGAAGGUUUUCGAUGAGGUGAUAUCAGCUAUUGAGGAGAAGCCAGCCGAUGUGCAAACGGCAUGCGAUCGGCUGAAGGCCGUCGGGAAAAUGCAUCGAACGAAGGUGUCAUCGAUGCAAAGCACUACCUUUCAAGUGAUGGAAGAACCAUUUAUGUACAUGGUGCAAGAAGUCCUGCAGGAUCGUUUUAACGACAAAGCCGAAGGACUGUUUCGGAAAUUCUUUCAGUUCUGCCUCAAGUACCUUGUUGAAGGCUUCAACGGC